ACGCGUUUUAUCCGAAUUUGCGCGGGCUCUUAUGGCAGGCUGUCGUUCAGCGGCUGUCGGAUCACAGCAUUAUUAAUACAAAGGAAUAUUGGUGUUGUUUCACGUCUUUUGGAGAACCACAAACAUGUCGAAGCGAGAGGCUUUUCUAGAGUCCUGCUGUACGGAGAAUGUGGAUGAUUUCCUCCGCUUUAUUCAGCUUCAUAGGAACAAGACGGAGCCCUUCGAUGUGGAGGAAGUUCUGCAGGAGAUGAACAGAGACCAGAGGCAGACGCUGUGGGGGAAACUGUCCUCUCUCCUCCAGGACGUCCUGCAGGAGGAAAGGAGAGAGGAAGGGAGUGAGGAAAGGAGAGAGGAGGCCAUGGAGGUGGAGGCAGCUGCAGACCCUAGUCACGUGAGGUCUGUAGUGGACGGUGUGACUCUGGUGGCUGCUGAGUCCCUAAAGGUCCUGCAGGACGGAGAAACCUACAGUUCUCUUCUGGAAAUCAUCCACAGGCUGCAUGAUCUGUUGGAGCUGCAGCCGGUCUCCGAGGCUCCGCUGCAGCUCCAGAUCCUCAGACUGUGUGACGCCUGGUGGAAGAAAGAUCUGAAGGAGAAGGAAACGUUCGGUCGCAGCGCUAUGAUCAUCGCUCUGACGAAGAGCUUCGACCUGAAGAAACCGGGCACAGAGAUCCAGAGAGUGUGGAGUCUCCGGGAGGUUCUCCUGGGUCUGGACUACACGUCAGAAGACAACAAGCAGAUGAUGGAUCUGCUGCUGAAGUGCUUCCAGCGCCCGGCUUUCCUCAGGAACGACGACGAAAAGGGGAACGUGAAGAGGAAGAAGGUUCAGAUCAUGGAAAAGAUCGAGAGUAAACCGGAUCUGGCGCUCGAUUAUCUGGAAUAUCUUUUCACCCACUCUUCAACUCGAGAGAAAGUUCUGGAUCUGGAUCAGAGAAAACUGACGCAGCUUCACAAAGUGCUGGAAAACUGGAGGGUUUGAGUUCAGUGUUUCUAUGGUGGAGCUCCACAGGAGGACUCUUGACGUAGCCGUGAAGAACGGAGGAAGCAUCCUGUCCAAACACAAAGGCUUUCUGGGAAAGGUACUUGUGGAUUUAAAGUGGGGAGGAUAUCUCUAAAGGAUGGACGCAAUGGUAUGAUCUGAGUGAUGACGGCGUGUCGUCUCAAAGCUUAAGAAGUAUUCACGACCCCCUCCUCUCAUAAUGGACUCUCCCGUUUCUGCUGUAAUAGAGACAUCUUGAUAUUAUAAGGGCACAUUUAUUUAUGUACAUUUUUCAAGUCAUCCCAGGACUCAUGUCAGCAUGCAACAACAUCUCCCAUCUCAUCCUCAUCCUGGUACAGAUUGCGAUGCGUUUGAACUCACUAACUGCCUUGUCUCCGGUGUUUUAUGUAAAUAAGAAGAUGAUAAUAUAAUGAUUUGCAGGGGCUUUGUGGCAUUAUAUUGAAAUAUGUCAACCUGGUUAUUACCGUCUGUCCCAUUUGUUCAAUUCUGUUUGAGAACUCGUACCAAAGGAACGGAAACAAACACAAACGUAGCGACAUUUCUUUUGUCAUGCAGUGUUAUUUGAUUGUUUACCUCUAAUUGUACGGUGGCCCUCCGUAUUGUUGUUAUUUAUGCUUGAUUAUACACAAGGAAUGCACAUAUGCAAAGAGUACAAUGAUUGCACUGUAUAUUUGACGAGGAUGUAAGUGAAGGGGCAUUUUAGGGCUAUGAACAAGUGCUAAAGUGUGAAAUGAAGGAUACUUGAAGAAGUGUUUUGAUUGGCGUUCGAACCAAUCGUGAAUAAUGUGAGCAGCCGUUUGAAGAGGACUUGAGUUCAGUUGUGAGGUUUGUACCGUUGGACGUUUUAAAUACCUGUUAUCGAUCCUGUGCCUUAAAUAAACCCGCGGUGUAAUGUUUGCCUUCUUUAUGUUAUUAUUAUUUUGAAUGAAAUGACGCCUCGGGGGUUUUGAGGAAUAAAUGUUUUCUCUUGUGGAAAA